CCUUGCAGAGUCUCCUUCUAGGUCAUCCCUCUUUUCAAUGGCCACCUCUUCGUUUUCCCGAUGACGUCGUUCCGCCGCCCCUGUCGACCGCUGCCACCGCCUGCAUUGAUGGAGGGGAGUCAGGGGACCGUUGUUGUGUGUCAAGGCGACGAUCUCCCGGAACGUGAUAUCUCACACACUCCCGUAGCCGAGCAGAGCGCCGCAGACCAUGUCGGCCUCGCAUGCCCCACCGGCAGUCUUCCGGGUACCGGCGAGUUACUGACCAUGGACUCUGCGCUCGUUUCUCUACCGGACUUGUCGACGUUGAUAUCCCCAGGUCUACCCCAUGUGUCACCGCCCAAGCCACAACAGCCUGUUGUCAUGGAGCAUGGAUCGAAUGGGUUUGACGUGGCAGGAUGCGAUAUCGUCGAUAUGAUUACGAGCCCAAUGGUGUCUGCCACGCCCACAAUUUUUCGUGUUGGCAAACUACGUGAGGUGGCCCUUGGUUUGGCAGAGACGGCGACGCGAUACCGCCGCGACGGUCAGCGCAGCAUCGCACAACGGAGUCUUUCUCAUUCGUUUGACGACGCAGAGGAAGGGUCUCCUGGUGGGCCAGUUGACACACUCGAAAGAGAAGCAAGACCCCCAAGUCCGCCGUCAAACUCAGAGCAUCAUCCGAUUGCCGCGGCUGUCGGCGCAGAUGCGGGCGUCCCCGUCACAAACAGUGGCGCUGACGCGACAGAAUUGCUUGUGGUUGGGUCAUCGGCGACAGCACGGCGCGACAGAGCCACUGUUUUGCCGACAGUGGCAUUCUAUGCCAGCGGGAAGAGUACUGGGGGAUGGAUGAGCAGGGAGUCCGGAAUGUUGGCAGGCCAUCAGCACCGUCUAUGGGGAAACGAUCCAUUGGGAGUGUGGAUGGUGCUCGGCACACCGCCAUGACAGAGUUUGAGGACCGACACGGGAGUGCUUUGCCGAC